AUGCCAGAAUCUCUUGGCAGCCUAUUAUCAUUGGAACGGCUUGACCUCGGCAAAAAUAAACUUGAAGGGAGCAUACCGUUGUCUAUUGCCAACCUCACCCUCCUUAGAAGAUUAAAUCUUGAAGAGAACAUGUUACAAGGAAACAUACCUCCUAUAUUCGGAUACCUCUCCUCUCUUAAAAGUCUCGUGCUUAGUGAAAACCACCUGCAAGGUUCUAUCCCACGCCAAUUAGGUAAGCUUUACUCUUUGAGUGGUCUUCAUCUCAAUGAUAAUGACUUGUCAGGUGAUUUCUCCUUCACAAUCUUUGCAAAUGUUUCUAGCCUCAAAUAUGUCCACCUCUCUGCAAACCCUAUGCUAACCAUUUCCCACAACAACUUUACGCCUGCUUUCCAGCUUAAUGGUCUCAAGUUGUCAUCGUGUGACAUGAGAAGUGGAAACCCAAACCUGAAUACACAAGGAAAGAGGUGUUCGACAACUCUGUCAUCAAAUGUGCCAACUGCAUCGAGCUAUAAUGAUGGUGAAGAUGAAGAUGAAGAUGAAGAUGAAGAAGAAGGAGAGGAAGGGUGGAUGGAGAUGACACCUGCGUUCUAUGCUUUCAUUGGCUGGGUUAUGCUAUUGGCAUUUGGGGAGCACUAG